GUGUACGGGGACGUGAUUCCAGGGGCAGUGGUGCGAGCAGCAGGGGGCGUCAUAGUUCUGGGCCGGCUGGCAGGCAAGGUGCAUGCAGGGGGCGAUGAUCCUUUCCCCCCCCUCCCAAUUUCCCUUCCCUCCCUUUCCCCCCACGCCCCUCCCUUUCCAUACCCCUCCUUUCCUCCUUUCCCCCGUUUCCCUCUUCCUCUCCCGGGGAUGGGCAGUGGUGAGAGCAGCAGGGGACGUCAUUGUGCUGGGACGGCUGGCAGGCAAGGUGCAUGCGGGGAGCGGUGGGACCGGCGCAGUGUGGUGGUGGCGCUGUGCAUGGAGCCCAGCGUGGUGGCCAUUGCCACGGAGGUGGUGCAGGGCGCACAGGGAAGGCCGCAGGCCACCCUGAACAUAGAGCCAUCACGAGCAGGCCUCAGCCUGCACCAGCGGCAGGUGAACAGGAAGGGGAGGGUGGAUCCGGUGAUGGCACAUCUGCCUAAAACCUUUUCCCAACCCUCCUCCCCUACCGUUUCCUUCUUCCCUUCCACUUGCUCCUCCUCAUAUCCUCAGCAUAGAGCCUGCCAGCCCCAGCAGGUGACUUUUGAGUCGACUCAAAAGUCAGCCCCAGCAGGCAGGGUGCAGGUGAACGGGAACAGCAGGGCGGAUCCAGGGAUGCAUAGAGCCUGCCAGCCCCAACAGGCAGGUGCAGGUGAACGGGAAGGGGAGGGCGGAUCCGGUGAUGGCACACCUUGCCGGCACUCAGUGGCCCUUCCUUUCUUCCAUUCUAUGCUUCUCUCGCCCCUUCUUCUCUCUGCCCCUUCUCAGCAUAGAGCCUGCCGGACCCAACAGGCAGGUGCAGGUGAACGGCAAGGGAGGGCGGAUCCAGUGAUGGCACACCUGGCCAGUACGCACCUGAUGGACGUCUCCUGGAAUGUGGAGCCUCCACCAGCCGCCACUGCUGCAGCAGGGAAGAAGCUCUCUCGGACAGCUGUGGCCUCGUUGGUCACGGGGGCGUACAUCUGUGUGGCUGGCGCCAUGGCUCUCGCGUUUCCCACCUUCACGUUUGGUGUGUUGAAGUUUCCUGUGGUGGUUUAUUUUUUGGACGUGAUGUAUUGA